GGCAGCUACAGCUCACCUUUUGGCUCUCUGUGCCAAAGCUUUUCAAUCCUCCCCUACUUCUUUGAGAGCACCAGCAUUUGUGGCUCUUGGUCAUCUGGCAGGAACGGUGCCUCAGCCUUGAGGCGAUGCCCGUCUCCCCUGCAUUCUGAUUCCUCUCCUUCGGCCUCUGCAACUCGUGGAAGAGGAAGGAAACAGGAUUAGAAUCCACUGGUGGGUCAGGGACUGGUGAUGCUGUUCCCCAGCCUCCCAGAGGACGCCUGAGCAUGGCGUUGCCAUAGCGACGGCUGCUACUGCUCCCUAGAUAAGACAGGCAAGAGCGUCAGCUGCAGCCCCAGCCCCUCCAGCGAGCCUCGACGCCAAACUGCACCUUCCUCACCACCUCACACUGCUUUUAUCUUCGAAGGAGGAGAAAAGCCUAUUUCAAUGAUGUCAACAGAAUGUGUUCAGCCACUUGAUAUGCCAGAUGACAGACUGGAUAAGCGAGAUUCACAGUGUAACCAUUUAGAAGAUCUUUCAGAGCAGCUGAUUAAGAGCUGUGACCUCAAAAAAACCCCAAGAAAAGGUAAAACCAUCCUAGCUUCCCAAAACGCUGAACAAGAGCAAAAAAAGCCAAGGAGAAAAGAUACACCAGCUUUGCACACUCCACCACCUCUAACAGGCAUACUUUCAGACUUUUCUGAUAAUCUGCUGAAAAGGUAUGGUAUCACAGAGAAGCCACAGAGAGAGAGAGUGAGUCCAGUCUCUCAGAUCACUGAACUGGAGCAGAAAAAGCCCAGGAGAAAAGACACACCUGCAGUACACAUCCCACCUUUGAUAAUGGGCACUAAGCUGUUUACAGAAGAAGAACGAACAGUGAUUAUGGAAGACGAAGAAAAGGAUGGAGACACAAUCCACAGUAGACAGCUGAGGACCACACUAGUUUGGACUUCAUUUGCCACAGUGACUGACCCAGCAUCUUUCAUGAGAAUGCAGUCUAUUCACAAAUAUCGAGCUUCAAGAUGUAAUCAACAAGCUUAUAAUAAAUAAUUGCAUAUUAAAGUGUA